AUACUUCUUAAAUUGCCAUAAUUCCACCCUACCUUGAUAAAAUGGCAACUUAUUUGAACCAGUUACCAGAAUUUCCCGACAGCAUAACAUGCAAAAACUCCAUGACAUUGCAAAAUCGUCCACUGUGCAUUAUUAAUAUGGCUAUUGAUUACGACACUGAAUGUCAAUGUUAAUCCAACGUGGUUUACUGGGGGGACAAUGGUGGUGAAAGGCCAUGUCCAUGGCGCAUCCUCGCAGUCGACAGUUGGCUCGCCAUUCGAUCACCGACCACCAAAUGUGUCCUAUGUCACCGUCAUUAUGCCAUGGCUGGCAUAGAACUAAUCAUAUCGUCAAUAUGUAACGCCACCUUCUGCGAAAUACCUUACAAUGAGACUUAUCAAGCGCCGGAUUCGUUGGUGGAGAAGGACAUUAAUUUCAUGAGUUUGAUGAAGGAAGUCAAUGGGAAACAUAUUAAAGUUACGACUUAUAACAACACUCCCCUGAGUUCGACAGAAUUUGAAAAUGGGACAGUGGUCGGUUAUGGCGUGGCUUUCACCAUCAUGAAUAUUUUACGAAAAAAGUUCAAUUUCACUUAUGAGAUUAUACUACCUACAAAGAACUACGAAUUGGGAUCCAAAAUCAGUGAUGACUCAAUAAUAGGACUUCUGAACACCAGCAAAGUGGAUAUGGCCGUUGCGUUUCUACCAACAUUGCUACCGUACCGGGAGAAGGUGUCAUUCUCAAUAGACCUGGACGAAGGUGUGUGGGUUAUGAUGCUGAAGAGGCCCAAAGAAUCCGCAGCUGGCUCCGGUUUACUAGCGCCAUUUAACGAUCUUGUAUGGUAUCUAGUCCUGGCUGCUGUCUUAACCUUCGGGCCCUGUAUCACGUUCUUCACUCGAGUCCGGAGCAAGCUGAUCACAGACGACGAAGGCGUUCUCCCCUUAAAACCAAGCUUUUGGUUCGUGUACAGCGCCUUUCUCAAGCAGGGCACCAAUUUGUCACCUGAAGCCAAUACAACACGUGUCCUUUUCGUGACAUGGUGGUUGUUCAUGAUCUUGCUAUCAGCUUUCUACACGGCGAACCUGACGGCUUUCUUAACGCUAUCCAAGUUUACACUCGCCAUUGAGACUCCAAGGGACUUGUAUCAGAAGAACACCCGUUGGGUCGCUUCAGCUGGAAGCUCGGUCGAACAUGUUGUCAAAACUGAAGGCGAAGACCUAUAUUUCUUGAACGCAAUGAUAAGCAGUGGCAAGGCUAGGUUUCUAUCCGUGAGUGGCGAUAAAGAAUUCUUGGAAUAUGUAAAGAAAGAAGCGGUGCUGGUCAAGGAACAAACUGUGGUAGACCACUUGAUGUACAAUGACUACAUAUCGAAGAAGGACGUGGAUGAAUCCGAUAAAUGCACUUACGUUGUGGCUCCUAGUGCGUUCAUGAAGAAACAGAGGGCGUUCGCGUACCCGGUAGGCAGUAAGCUGAAGAGUUUAUUCGAUCCUGUACUAACCCAGAUAUUCCAAGCUGGCAUCCUUGACUUUCUGAAGCGCAGUGACCUGCCGAGCACGAAGAUAUGUCCUCUAGAUUUACAAUCCAAGGACCGUAAGCUCCGGAACAGUGAUCUUAUAAUGACGUAUUUGGUUAUGGUUGCUGGAUCCGCUACCGCCGUCGCUGUGUUUGGCGCCGAGAUAUUCGUAAAACGCUACCUCUCCGGCAAACUGAAUAAGACCAAGAAAUCUAAGAGGAAGAAGUCUAAGGCAGGCAAAUCAUCAAAGAUUCACGAUGAUAGCCGUCCACCUCCAUACGACUCACUGUUUGGAAAGAACCCUAAAUUCAACUUGGAGACUACACGGAUGAAAAUGAUAAACGGCAGAGAAUAUUACGUCUUUGAAACGAGCAAUGGUGACAAAAAACUUAUCCCUGCUAGGGCACCAUCAUCCUUUCUUUACAGGUCCGAUAAAUAAAAUACAAGAAAGGAAACAAUGGACACGUGGAAAAUACUUAGUAACAAUUAUAUAUAGAACUUAAUUAUAAUAAUCGUUAUGUACCUACGUAACACAUCGAUGCUAUCAGAGAAGGUAAUAAUGUCAAAGUCCAUUUUGACUUAGAAAACAAGCUGACUAAUAUCUAAUACAUAAAUUAAGUAGAAUAAGUACAAAUGUGUUAUCUAAGACAAAAUUAAGUAGAAUAAGUUGAGUACAAAUUUUAAUGUGUGUAAAAUUAAUUUUAAAUCACACUGGCACUAUAAAGUCACUAGUUCUUUAUUUAAAUGGGGCAGAACUUUAAAAAUAAAGGAAUUCAAAUGACACCUUGUUUUAAUACAUAUUUUUAUUAAUUGCGUUAAGCAAUCCAUAAUUCAUUAUCAAUCAACAUCUACAAUUAUUAUUAAAAAAAAAAGAUUUAGACGUCUGUGGUCACAGUAAGUUUGUACAAAUCAAAAUAAAAAAAAAACACAUUUUUUUUUCGUCAAUAAAAUCUGUUAAAACCUGUACUGACUGGCUUCAUCAGUCAGUUUAGAGUUCAGAACAUAAACCAUAAUAAAACUUAUUCCUAUAAACAUAAGAUACAAAUUAAAAAUAAUUCAUUUGGAACAUGUCAAUUGUAUUCAAGAUACUUGCUUACAUCAUCGGAAUUACAGUGUAUCCAAAGUCAU